AUGAACGAAGUCGCAGCCGAACCUGUCGCCAACGGCGCUGAUUCUGGCUCUGCCAAUGUCGACUUCGUGGCUCUCAAAGGAGCUCUGACCUCCUCUUCCACCAGAGUCAGAGUCGAUCAGCUGCGCGCACUACAAGAACGCAUAACCCAAAAGAAGUUCGACCUGUCCCUCGUUCCCAAGCUUCUUCAGCUCCUGUUCUGGACACAUGCCUUUUACGUCGACCGCCAGUCCCGUCUUGGUGCGCAAAAAUGCUUGUCUGCCCUGCUGGCUAGCGGCCUGGAACCCGAAUUGCUAGCCAAACUUGCCUCCAUUCUGCGGGCCGAAUCUGUAAAGCCUGGCAUUGCCAUCACCAGCGCUUUCGUGCUUGUCGAAUGGUGCAGCAUCUUCAUGCAAGAACUGUCAGGCACGCCAUCUUGGCACCAGGUUGCUCCUCAAAUACUGCUUGCCAAUGCCGACUCGCUCGAAAAAUGCCAGCAACCCGCAGGAAGAGGCACUGUUGCCCGCGCCGCCAUUGUCGUGACCCGGAGAGGUUUGCGAAAGCUGUUCGCCCCUACCGCCGACUUGGAGAAGACCGUGAAGGAGGCUGUCGAACUUCUCACGGCCAAGGCUGCGCAGCCUACCGCCAAGAACGCUAUCCUUCUCGGUGUUAUCGCUGGGGUCGCCUCUCGCAAGCCUGACGCUGGCGCAGUCUUGGAGACUCUGAAGGCGUCCUACUUCGCCUUCUACACCAGAGAGGUUGUGGGCUCUCGUGUCGCCGUGCCUGAUCAUGUCGCUGCUGGUUUGCGUGACUUCUUCUCCGAUUUUGUCACAUUGGACGAGCUCACCAAAGACGUCAUCCCAACUAUCGAGAAGGGUCUGCUGAGAGCCCCUGAGAUUGUUUUGGAGGUCCUCGCUCCUCUCGUCCGCUCUCUCCCGCCUUCCCAUGAUCUUUCACAAAUCCUAAGCGAGCGUUUGCUCAAACCCAUCUUGGCCAAUGUCAAAUCUAGCAACCCUGCUAUCAGGUCAAGCACUGUCGCCGCCUUCGACCUGAUUGCAUCCAGAAGCCACGAUGGCAAGGCCCUGGAAAAGGCCUGCGAUGAGGUCGUUGCUCCUUUGAAGGGAGGAAAGUUGGCGUCUGCAGACCACAGGAUUCUUCACUGCGAGAUGCUCUUGGCCCUCCCGCAAUCUGAUACGGUUGCUGAGAAGAUUGCCACGGCCCUCGCAACGGUGACUGCGAAGGAAGGAAAUGAGGCAGCCGUAGCAGCAGAAACUGCGGCCUUGGCCAGAUCAACCUCACAUCUUCUACAGUCGGAUCUCGACGUGCCCAAGCCCGUCCUAGACGCCUUUAUCAAGGGUGUGGCAGACAAGAAACCUGCGCUUCGGAGGAUCUGGAUCCUCCGCGCUGGAGAGGUUAUUGGAGACGUAACCAAAGUCCAGUCAACAUCGUCUUCCACCCUCAAAUUCGCCGAAGGCAUCUUACCAAAGCUCGUGGAUGCACACAAUGAAGUUGUUGCGAACCCACAAUUGGCUGCCCAAAACAACGCCACCAUUGGCGCUUACGUCGUCGUGGCUCUCCUGUGCUCUGCCUCUGGUAGCAAGCUUUUUGGAGCCGUCAAGCUGCCUACCCCGAGGGCAUCAAUCCUCAAGCAGGCUAUGACUUUGGAUCCGAAACCUUCCUUCCUACUCAACCCUCGCGUCUAUGGAAAAAUCGCUACAGAGGACGAGCUCACUUGGAUGUCCCGCGCUCUUGCAUCGGCCGCAUCUGGCCUCACCGUUGCUACCCCCAGCGAUGUCAAAACUGCUUGGUCGGAAGCCUAUAUCUACCUGAUUUGUGCCUCGGCUGUCACGCCCAAGAUUCGACAAUUGGCCCUUGAUAGCCUAUCAAGCCUGUACGCCGCUCAACCAGCGUUGAUUUCCACAGCAAUCGUGGGUGCCAUCUGGCACUGGCUCGAGGCGUUAGAUGCGGGUGAAAAGGAUACUGCGGCUGUGUUAGCUCGAACAGAGCGAAACAGCCUUCACCUCGUAGUCAGGGCCAUUUGCCUGUCUCCAAAAGACUGGCAAGACCGAGAAAUAGUACCUGAAGAGCAGCAUCUAGAGCGCCAGCUUUGUGCUCUAUUUGUGCUCGCACGGCCAGAGCUUCUGCCAAGGUCGAACUGGAUCGAUCUCUGUCUGCGCGUAGAGAAGGAUCCUGGUGACCUGGCUCGUCGGUACGAAGCCGAUCUACUCGACGAGAUCCGCAACAAAUCGGGUGCAGAACAAAGUUCUGCGUUGGUCAAAAAGGCUGCGUGCAAUGCUGCCGCCGAGCUCGCCUUUGUUGCACCCGAGACUAUGACGCCUCGCAUUGUUGAACUUAUCGAGCAGGACCUUGAGGUUGAGGAGUUGAAGAAAAUUGGACCUCUGGAGGCUGCAAUCUACAGAACACCAGAGGGCACGGCAUUCGUGGACGUGCUGGCCAAAAAAGCACAAGACGCCGUCCCGGACAAAAACAACAAGGACUACGAUAUCCUCAAAUGGGAGGCUGAGCUUCGCUCGUCGUUGGCACAGAAAAAGGGGCAGCAGAAGAAGCUGACCGCCGAGGAAACGGCACGCGUCAACGCCCAACUGAAGAAAGAAUCUGCCAUCCGGCACUCUAUACGUCUGCUCGAAGCCAGGCUGUUCAGGGGCAUCGGUAUCAUUCAGAGCCUUGCCUCAGGCCCUCCCACAGAGGCAGCCCUGUGGAUGGGCCCUGUGAUUAUGGCCCUACUCGGCGUGAUUGACGCUGGAGCCAGCAUGUUGACCGGCGAAGCCGCAUCUACUGCUUAUCUCGCCUGCUCUGAGAAGAUCUCGAGCAGAUUGGGUCCUUUCAGGCCUUUUGUUGGCGUAGCUACACUUCGUGCACGGGGCGUAACAUCCCUGCCCGAGAGCCAGAUGCAAGAGCCAGUUGAAGAGCUCGUAACACGAGUGUUAUAUCGUCUUCGAUUUUCUGGCGAGCAGCGCCCUUUCGAUGCCAUCUCUCUUACCUACACUCUCCCUCUCAUCUUUUUCAUUCUCGAGAGUGGUGGUCUUGGGUCGACGCCUGAUGAUCGCGAUACCCAGCUUGUCCUUGCAAUCGAAUUCCUUAGCUUCCACACAAACGUAUGCGAAGAUCAGACAACACCACGAGGCCAAGUGCUGUCCGUCUUGGUCACUGCAAUGCAGCAGUACACUCAACACUUCAAGAUCAUCAAGGAUUGCUUCGCCGACGCUUGUCGCUGUAUAGCUCCGAACAUCACUUCAGAAGAGAUCGGAGUACUGGCUCGUGGCUCCUUGGUUCCACAGGUCUCUGUGAGAUCCACCGUUCUCCAGUCAAUCAGCGCUGAGGUUGACAUGAGUGAAGCGGUCUUUUCGACAGAGAUCUGGCUUGCUUGCCAUGAUGACGUCGAAGAGAACUCUGAGCUUGGUAGAGAGAUUUGGACGGAAGGCUUCGAGGUGUCAGAGAAGCUAGCUUUCGAGAUGUUGCCCUACCUGUCCAGUAAGGACGGUCAAUUGCGACGAGCUGCAGCUCGAUCACUAGCCGAAGCUAGCAGUGUGCAUCCGCAGGUCAUCGAACCGCUGAUUGAAAAGCUUGAAGAGACGUAUGCCGAACUUGCUAAGCCUCGCCAGCAGGAGCUCGAUCAGUACGGCAUGCCAAAGAAGCUUGACCUUGCCGACCCUUGGGAGGGUCGUCACGGCAUUGGUUCGGCCUUCAAGGAGCUGGGUCCUCAUAUGAAGAAGCAACAGCUAGAUCCCUUCUUCGACUUCCUUAUCCAGAAGGGGCCCCUGGGAGACCAGAACGCUGCAGUUCGAAGUGAGAUGCUAGAAGCCGCCAUUGGCGCUAUCGAUUAUCACGGAAAGAGCAUGAUAGUCAGGCUGAUGGUCGCUUUCGAGAAUACCCUGGAGGGCCCGGACAAGAGCACCGAGGCCGCUGAUCGCGUCAGUGAGGCCGUCAUUAUCAUGUACGGCGCGCUGGCGAAGCAUCUUAAGAAAGGAGAUGCCAAACUCCCGAUUGUGGUUGAGCGGCUGCUGGCCACUUUAAGCACGCCGUCGGAGACCGUUCAGUACGCCAUCGCCGAAUGUCUCCCUCCUCUGGUUCAGGCAUGCCGGGACCAGACUCCCAAAUACUUUCAACAGGUCCUGGGCGUGCUUCUUACGUCGAAGAAGUAUUCUGAGCAGCGAGGUGCUGCAUACGGACUUGCUGGUCUCGUGCAGGGUUGCGGCAUCUCCACCCUGAAAGAUCAUCGCAUCAUGACCACGCUCAAGGGUGCAAUUGAGAAUAAAAAAGAAGCCAGUCAGCGCGAAGCUGGCCUCAUGGCGUUGGAGCUUCUGUCAUCGCUGCUUGGCCGGAUUUUUGAGCCUUAUGUUAUUCAGAUUGUGCCUGAAUUGCUGACAGGCUUCGGCGAUAGUAAUGCAGAUGUCCGCGAUGCUUGUCUUGCUGCAGCCAAAGCUUGCUUUGCUAAGCUGAGCUCCUAUGGCGUCAAGCAAAUUCUUCCGACACUGCUCCGUGGUCUGGAUGACCAGCAAUGGCGCAGUAAGAAGGGUGCUUGCGACCUUCUCGGUGCCAUGGCCUAUCUGGAUCCCCAGCAACUGGCUCUGAGCCUGCCCGAUAUCAUCCCCCCCCUAACCGCAGUCCUGAACGACAGUCACAAGGAGGUCAGAUCGGGGGCGAACAAGAGUCUGAAGCGAUUCGGCGAAGUCAUCAGCAACCCCGAGGUCAAGGGUUUGGUUGACAUCCUCCUGAAGGCCCUCAGUGAUCCCACCAAGUACACCGACGACGCUCUCGAUGCUCUGAUCAAGGUUCAGUUCGUUCACUACCUUGACGCCCCAUCCUUGGCUUUGGUAACAAGGAUCCUUCAACGAGGUCUCGGCGAGAGGUCAAACACAAAGCGCAAGGCUGCUCAGGUCAUUGGCAGUCUGGCUCACUUGACCGAGCGGAAGGACCUCAUCUCUCACCUCCCCAUCUUAGUGGCUGGUCUCAAACUUGCUAUCGUGGAUCCAGUACCGACGACGCGUGCGACGGCAUCAAGGGCACUGGGUUCUCUGAUGGAAAAGCUAGGCGAAGAGGCACUGCCAGACCUCAUUCCAGGCCUCAUGCAAACCCUUAAGGCCGACACCGGAGCCGGAGACCGUCUGGGAUCGGCGCAAGCUCUCAGCGAGGUCCUUGCCGGUCUUGGAACGACAAGGCUCGAGGAGACGCUUCCCACGAUUCUCCAGAACGUGGAGUCGUCCAAGCCUGCCGUUCGCGAAGGCUUCAUGUCUCUGUUUAUCUUCUUGCCCGUAUGUUUCGGAAACAGCUUCGCCAGCUAUCUCGGGCGCAUCAUCCCGCCCAUCUUGGCUGGUCUUGCCGAUGAUGUUGAGUCUAUUCGUGAGACCGCGCUUCGCGCUGGCCGCUUGCUUGUCAAGAACUUUGCCAUGAGGGCCGUGGACCUCUUGCUCCCUGAACUCGAGCGCGGAUUGGCUGACGACAGCUACCGUAUCCGUCUGAGCUCCGUGGAACUUGUCGGUGACCUUCUAUUCAACCUCACCGGCAUCACUGGUAACGCUGAACCUGGUGAGGAGGAGGAGGAGAUGGCCAGAGAAGCCGGCGCCUCUCUGCGUGAAGUGCUCGGCGAGGAGAAGCGCAACAAGAUUCUCUCUGCACUCUACGUCUGCCGCUGCGAUACUGCCAACGCUGUUCGCUCUGCUGCCAUUGGUGUCUGGAAGGCGCUUGUCUCGAGCCCCCGCACCCUCAAGGAACUCGUGCCGACUCUCACGCAACUCAUCAUCCGUCGCCUGGGAAGCUCCAACAUGGAGCACAAGGUUAUUGCAAGCAACGCCCUUGGCGAGCUCAUUCGCAAGGCCGGUGAUGGCGUGUUAUCUACGCUCCUGCCCACUCUCGAAGAAGGACUUCAGACCUCGACGGACUCGGACUCUAAGCAGGGCAUCUGUCUGGCUCUCAAGGAGCUCAUCUCGUCUGCAUCUGAGGAGGCUUUGGAGGACCAUGAAAAGACCCUCAUCUCGGUCGUCCGAACAGCACUCACUGACUCUGAUCCCGAGGUCAGAGAAGCCGCUGCCGAGGCCUUCGACUCUCUACAGCAGAUCCUGGGUAAGAAGGCUGUGGACCAAGUUCUUCCUUACCUCCUCAACCUUCUGCGCUCAGAAAACGAGGCCGACAAUGCUCUGUCUGCUCUUUUGACUCUUCUCACAGAGACGACACGAUCCAACAUCAUCCUCCCCAACUUGAUCCCCACACUCAUCACACCGCCCAUUACUGCUUUCGAUGCCAAGGCGCUCGCCUCGCUGUCCCGCGUUGCUGGUGCCGCCAUGAACCGGCGCCUGCCCAAUAUCAUCAACUCUCUUAUGGAUAACAUUGUCAAUUGCAAAGAGGAUGACCUACGCGCUGAUCUGGAGACAUCCUUUGACACUGUCAUUCUGUCGAUUGACGAGUAUGACGGAUUAAAUACGGCGACGGCAAAUCAUCUCGCCAAAUUCUUUGCUGCUGGCGAGGUCGAUUAUUCACGAUACAACCAAGAUAUUAUCAGGUCGUUGCUUGUUUCGUUUGAUGAUGGAGAUAUCGAUGUUGUCAAGGCUUCCUGGACUGCACUCAACGAGUUCACGCGAAAGCUCAAGAAGGAGGAAAUGGAGGCGCUCGUGUUCUCAACACGCCAGGCCUUGCAGCAUGUUGGUGUCGCUGGCGCAAGCCUGAAGGGCUUCGAGCUACCAAAGGGCAUCAACGCUGUUCUGCCUAUAUUCUUGCAGGGUCUGAUGAAUGGCACAGCAGAGCAACGCACGCAAGCUGCCCUGGCUAUUUCCGACAUUGUGGACCGUGCCAGUGAGACGGCGCUCAAGCCGUUCGUCACGCAGAUUACUGGACCCCUCAUUCGUGUGGUGUCCGAAAGGUCUACCGAAGUCAAGGCUGCUAUUCUCCUAACUCUCAACAAUCUGUUGGAGAAGAUGCCGAUUGCACUGAAGCCCUUCUUGCCUCAACUUCAGCGCACAUUCGCCAAGUCGCUGGCUGACACGACAAGUGAACUCUUGCGCGCUCGCGCUGCCAAGGCUCUGGGGACUCUGAUCAAGUAUACUCCUCGCAUCGAUCCCCUCAUCGCCGAGCUUGUAACGGGAUCGAAGACAUCUGACGCGGGUGUCAAGACUGCCAUGCUGAGCGCUUUGUACGAGGUUAUCAGCAAGGCCGGCGCUAACAUGGGCGAAUCGUCGCGUGCCGCGGUGCUGGGCCUAAUUGAUAUGGAAGGCGAUGAAAAGGACUCUGCAAUGACCAUCACGAGCGCCAAGCUUCUGGGAGCCCUGAUUAAGAACGUUCCCGAGGAUGCCGCACAUGGUCUUCUGAGGAACCGUGUCAUCACAAACCAAAUCAGCAAGUCCUCCGUGCUGGCACUAAACGCAGUGCUUGUGGAGUCACCGGAAAGCUUGCUCAGCGGGCCGCUGGCCGACGACCUCCCUGAGGUUCUCUGCCACGGUAUGACAAAUAAGACUCCUUUCAUCGCCGACAACUUCAUCCUUGCCACAGGCAAGUACUUGCUUUCGGAAUCGCCCAAGACAUUUGAAGCCAACAAGAAGAUAUUUGAGACACUGGCAGGCAUCAUCCAGCCUGGCCAGCCAACAGACUCCCGCCGUCUGGCUCUGGUGGUUGCACGAACCUUGAGCCGCGUUGACAUGGACAUGGUACGCCCGCACACGCCUCUGCUCGCCACGCCUGUGUUUGCGAGCGUGAGGGACCCUGUGAUCCCCGUUAAGCUUGCGGCAGAAGCCGCUUUCGUCAGUCUAUUCAACGUGGCGGACGAGGAAAGCAAGGUAUUUGACAAGUAUGUGGAUAAUGCUGGUCUUGCGCCCAACGCAAAGAGGAGCAUGCAGGACUACUUCAAGCGUGUGGCUCUCCGGCUGGGAGCUCAGAGACUGCGUAAUGCUUUCGCUUUUCUCAACGACCAACUAACCCGGGCACGACCAUCCGCCAGGACAGCAUUCAAGAUGGUCAACCUCCGCACCCAGAAGCGCCUGGCCGCGUCGGUCAUCGGCUGCGGUGAGCGCAAGAUCUGGCUCGACCCCAACGAGGUCAGCGAGAUCAGCAACGCCAACUCCCGCCAGUCCAUCCGCAAGCUCGUUUCCGAUGGCCUCAUCAUCCGCAAGCCCGUCACCAUGCACUCCAGGUCUCGCGCCCGUGAGCUCAACCUUGCCCGUCGCAUCGGUCGUCACCGUGGCUUCGGUAAGAGGAAGGGUACCGCCGACGCCCGUAUGCCCAGCCAGGUCCUCUGGAUGCGCCGCCUCCGCGUCCUCCGCCGUCUCCUGGUCAAGUACCGCAACAACGGCAAGAUUGACAAGCACCUGUACCACGAGCUCUACCACCUGAGCAAGGGUAACACCUUCAAGCACAAGCGCGCCCUUGUCGAGCACAUCCACCGUGCCAAGGCCGAGAAGGCCCGCGAGAACGCCCUCAAGGAGGAGAUGGACGCCAAGCGCGCGAAGACCAAGGCCGCCCGCGAGCGCAAGGUGGAGAGGCAGACUGCCAAGCGCAACGCUCUUAUGGGCGAUGUCGAGGAGGAGACCAAAUAA